AUGGAUCUAGUUGUAUCUCAGGUUUCUGGUGAGAAGAUAGGGGAUAAGGGAGAGGAAACAGAUGGUUAUAUGGAGGUUCAGAACAUUCUUGCAAUAACAGAUGGAGCCUACUCUGUGAGUCAAAAGGAUGUUGAUGAAGCUGAGCAGGGAAGUCUUGUGAGGAAGACUUGGAGAAGAUCUUCUGCUAGAGUAGGCAGGCUGCUCAGAACUCAUGAAGCUGCAACUUAUACUCAUACUGCUAUUGGGGGGAAAAGAGAUAGAGAUGAGGGUAUAUAUGAGUAUAAAAAGGAGAGAGCAGAACAAUGGAACUUCCUGAUAUCAGCCAAGAGGAAGUGGGGUGAUGUUUGGGCCAUUGCUGGGGAUUGGAACGACUUAUGCAGUAAUGAAGAAAAGAGAGGAGGUCGGUUAAGAAUUGAGAGAUCUUUCUGUGGUUUUAAAGAGUUUAUUCACCAGAUGGGGAUGCAAUAA